UCACCGAUAAAUCCGGCUGACAGUACGAUUCCCAUUCUCGACAGAUCCGUCGACGACAGCACAAGAAACCGCCCAAUGUUCCAGGCUUCCAUUUUUCCGAUUCCGUCACCGCCUCCGAUCUUCCAUAACAACACUUCAGGACUCCCAAUUUCUCCAUCAGUUUUCUUCCCCAUCAGCCGGCCGUCGACAUCGUUACACCUACGAUCACCCCCAGUAACGAGAAGCUCCAUCACUUCUUCUUUUGAUCUCAAACCCGGCAAAGGGAUGGAUGGUUUCCUAGAUAUUGAACUCAAAGUUCGUGAUUAUGAGCUGGAUCAAUUCGGUGUUGUGAACAAUGCUGUUUAUGCAAGUUAUUGCCAACAUGGUCGUCAUGAACUGCUGGAAAGUAUAGGCCUCAGUCCUGAUGCAGUUGCUCGUGAUGGAGAUGCAUUAGCUUUAUCAGAAUUGUCUUUGAAGUUCCUUGCACCACUUAGAACUGGAGACAGAUUUGUUGUUAAGGUGAGGAUCUCAGGCACAUCAGCUGCUCGCUUCUACUUUGAUCAUUUCAUUUUCAAGCUUCCAAAUAUGGAGCCAAUCUUGGAGGCAAAGGGUACAGCAGUUUGGCUUAAUAAAAGUUAUCGCCCAGUGCGUAUCCCACAAGAAUUUCUAUCCAAAUUUGCUCAAUUUGUUCGGGAUCACGAGUCGAAGUGAUCUACUUUGAGGUGAUUUAGUAUCUUCUAGAGAAGGCCAAAGGAGGUACUUUGCUUUAGCCUGAGAGAACACAAUGGAGAAAAUAUCUGAUUCAUAUACUAAAAUAUAUGCUAAUGAAUUCUUGCUUUUUCUCAUACACUCAUACCACAACUACUCAAACAGUGGUACAUAUAUACACAACAUCACUGAUUUGCAUUGGUUUUGCUGUAGUAAAAAGUAUAGAGAAACGUUCUUACUGAACAAGAUCUAUUCUAAUACCUUCGUA